AGGUUUGUCCUCGUAGAAGAAAAAGACGACGCUCAUAGAUGAGACUGAAGUUUCCUGAACAGUAAACAUCUUAUUUUAGGAGAUGAGUUACUGCAGGAUUCCAGCUAAUAGGACAUGAUCUUAACAGCAGAUCUGAAGUCACACCAAUAAACAGUGUGAUGGAUAAAGUCAUUAACUGUUUCAGUAAAAGGCCCGAGGCUGUAUGGAGGCUGAUCUGUUUUCCCUGGGCAGGUGGAGGCUCUAUUCACUAUGCACGCUGGGAAAGACUCCUUAACCAGUCCAUCGAAGCUCUUUUACACAUUUUGGCUGCAGUGUAUUCGGUUAGAUUGCCUGGAAGGGAAAGUCGAGGAAGGGAACCCUUCUUCCAGAACAUGCAGCAGAUCCUCGAUGAGGUCCUUGGGGUGCUUUUACCGGAGCUCAAGGAGAAACCGUUUGCUGUCUUUGGACACAGUUUUGGUGCCAUGAUAAGCUAUGCUUUCACUGAAUAUGUGCAGAAGGUUUACAAUCUCCAGCCUGUACACGUGUUUCUCUCUGGAGCCUCGGCACCUUACUCUGAAAUUAGAUUGCAAAGUCCAAACAGAAGCCACCUGUCUGAUGAAGAGUUCCUCCAGUGGAUGAUCUCCCUUGGAGGAACACCUCCUGAAAUCCUGGCCAACCCUGAGGCACUGAAGCUCUUCCUGCCAGCCUUGAGAUCAGAUCUGAAUGUAGUAGAGAACUACAGACUUGCAGGUGCAGCAGACCAACAUCUCCUUUCCUGUCAUGUCCAGUUUCAUGCUUUGAUGGCAAAGAGGAUUUGCAACAUGACCUACAAGCAUUCAAAGCCAUGACCAGUGGAGAUUUUACUGUACAGAUGCUACCUGGAUCACACUUCUACCUAAAAGACACAGCAAAUGAGAAAGUUAUACUGGACUACAUCACCAAACAUCUCGAGACAGCUGAGAUGGCCUACUUGUAGAACACCUUCGGAUGUAGUCGCUGCUUCUGGGGUUGUUGCACGACAAAGCGUUGCGCAACUGCAUGAAAAGCAUAAAUUUAAAUCCCUGAAAUCCUAUAUUGCAUAUUUCUUAAUGAGCAUUAAUUUAUUCAUUCAUUACAUCACCUUGAUCAAAUGAAUUUGAUUGACAUCAUUCCAGUAAAGGAUGUUCUUCCAGUUAAGAUCAUUACCAUAUAUUUGUUAACAAAUGUUCUAAAUAGUAUUUCUUAUAUUACAUUUUGUGUUGCUGAGAAUCCGUUCAGGUUCUAAACAUGUUAGCUGUGUUAUUCAUUUGUUCACAAUUUAUGAUUUUCUUUCUGAAAUGGACAAAAAAGAUCGUGUGCGCAAAUCAAGUUAAGUCAAGGUUUUUUUUACAAGGUUAAUUAUUAGCUAAUAAGGUGCAGAAGGAUUAACGUCCAUCAGGGCUGUCACUUGUAUGUUGAAAUGAUUAAUAAGUUACUUAAAAGAGUAAUUAAGGUCCUCACACAGGAGUGUCUUGAACUGGAUCUCACCAUUUUCCCUUCACUUUCAGAGAACCAUAAGUGCUAAUUUAACAAAAUGUGUUAGAAUCGUCUUAUGUGACAACAGUUACACAUAAAUACAUUUGCAGAAUUAAAAA